ACCUGUUCCUAAAGCUAAGGUGCUCUAAAAGUGUCCCCAUGAACGCAGGAAAAGACGAAUAACAUAAAAAACCUUUCAGGUUUCACUUCCCCAGUCACUUUAGUCACUGCAGUAUUUUUCCUUAUCUGAGUUCCUUUCAGUUUAAAUCGAUUAAGUGUGGUCUGUCGGAAAGAAAGCACUCGUCUAAAACGGUACGAAUCUCGCCUGAGAGGGGAAAAGAAAAAAAAUAAAUAAUAGCCAGACAGACUUUAAACUGACAGUAGUGACUUCUUGCUAAGAAUACUCAGCGGGGCAUUAACCAAUAAACAACAACAGUGGACAUCUUUAUGAGAACCAGACAAAUGAGGCAUUUUGGGGGGUGACCUCUGAAAAUAACCUUCUGGGUCUGGAAAGAAGACCUUGAAGAGGCGAAAACUUUAUAACAUUCACCUAUCUAUGUUUUUAUUGAAUGAAUGAAUGAAUGGGUAAAAAUGGCAUUGAGUUAUUUAAAACUCUCAGUGAGGAACAAGGGUCAAUUGUGUUGCCACAGCCCCUGAAGCUGGACAGCAGAGAGCUUUGGGAGGUGAUUGCUGAUUGGCCGUCCAGAGACGAGUGGGCGGGCCAAAGGAGUUAGAGAUAUAUGGUAAAGGCAAAUGUCCUGCAGUGAUACAACCCUGGGUGAUCUGACAAUCCGGCGUUUGAAGUGACUAUCAUGCUAUGCAAUCUGAGGACUUACGCCCAGCUGUAGGCCUAAUUAGCUCACUUAGAGUCCCUUUAUAAAACUCUGCUGAAGGGGCUGGAAGAGGCAGACACUCACUGGGAAGUCAGCAGCCUAACGGGAUAACAGCCGCAGCGGAUCUGGAUCACUCAAGGCAACCUGCUGCUUCACCAACAAACAAGUCCGAAGUGCUUUAUGUCCUUUUUUAAUUGAGAAUGCCACACUUAAGCGACUGCAGCUACUACAAAAUGCGGGAUGCGACCAGAGCUUCAAAAGUGCAAAGCCACCUGGAGAACUCCAAGUUCCAUCUCCACCAGAGCCAGAACCAACCGGUGAAGCAGUACCUGACGCUGGGCUCCAAGCUGGCCUCCUCGGCGGGUUCGGGUCACGCCGUGCAGCAUCCACACACUCCUGGCCAGCCGCUAGCCACGGUGCCGAUCAUGAGGAACGGACACAUGGCGCCGGUCAGUGACGGCAGCAACCCGAACAGCCCUGUUACCCUCCUCACGUUGGCCAGUCAUGACAGUGAGUUUCCAAUGGAUGAAGUUAUUGAUGACCUGAUUAGUCUUGAAUCCGGUUUCAAUGAUGGAGGCUUGGAUUGCAUGGAGAAUAACAUCAUAAUGCAAAACAAUGUGUCCCUCAGCAGCAGCAUGCUGGACGUCUAUGGGGGUGAACAAGGUAUGAACCCCCCUAAUGGUGGAAUGAGCCCCACAUCUAACCCUACAAAGCUCACUGUAAAAAGGGAAUACACAGAGCACGACACCAGGGUUAUGGCAAAGGAGAGGCAGAAGAAAGACAACCACAAUCUGAUUGAAAGACGGCGAAGAUACAACAUUAACUACAGGAUUAAGGAGCUGGGGACACUCAUCCCCAAGUCAAAUGACCCUGACAUGCGCUGGAACAAAGGCACCAUCCUGAAGGCCUCGGUGGAGUACAUUCGGUGGCUGCAGAAGGAGCAGCAGCACGCUCGGGAGCUGGAGAGCCGUCAGAAGAAGCUGGAGCAAGCCAACAGGAGGCUGCUGCUGAGGAUCCAGGAACUUGAGAUUCAAGCGCGAGCACAUGGACUUCCAAACAUGGCCACCGCCUUGGGCACCGUGGAACUGUCCAAUCACCUCCUCAAACAGCCUCAACAGCCGCAGCAGCAGCAAUCGCCUCCCCAGGCCCCGCAACCACAGCAGGCCCCUCUCUACCAGGAGGACCCGAACAACGACUACCUCCAGAGAAUAGCCGUGGUGACUGGCGUACCAUCCAUCGCCGCCGCCGGCACGCCGCAGGACCACAUUUCCGGCGGGGACGCCUGCACCACCUUCUCUGACCCGCUGUCCCACUUCACAGACUUCUUCACAGCCUCGCUCAAGGAGGAGAACCAGCUCGACGAGAUCCUCAUGGACGAGGCGCUGUCGCCGUUCGGGACCGACCCGCUCCUCUCCGCGGGUUCCCCCGGAGCGGCGUCCAAAGACAGCAGCCGCAGGAGCAGCUUCAGCUCCGGCGAGGGCGACGAUCUAUAAGGGGGCCAGCGUUGCUAUCACUGCACAGCUGCAUCCUCCACUCAUAAAGGGCAUACACAGAGCUUCCAGGAGACUGACUACUACAGACUAUUGCCAAGGCGGCAAGCAAUUAAAAUGACAGCUGACAAACUUUAUAUAAAUCGGUGUCUCUCAAAGAGGCAUCAGCUUGUGAUGUGCUCCACUGUCCCUGAGGCUGACACUUGUGAAUGCUCUCUGGGACCAGUUGCUCCUUAUGAGGACAUUUUUUUUCUUUUUUUUUUGGUGUUUGUCUGCCACUCAAACACGGAAGGAACAGACUUGUACGAAAAAAGGGAGACAUUCAUCAGUAUUUGAUGUACAUGACUGCUAUUUUUAACCCUUCUAUUGUGUUUGGGUCAAAAUCGACCCGCUCAAGCGGGUCGAUUUUGACCCAAACACAAUAGAAGGGUUAAGGCAACACUGUGGUGGCUAUACACUGUAACAUAUGCAAAAUAAUCACUAAAAAUGUGCCGAUACUGUCCUUAAAGUCAAUUGAAAAAGGAUUUUUAACUUUAUCGUACGAGGGGCCUUACUUCAACCUGUCUUAAAGGAGAACUAAUGUACUCACCUCAAAGCUUAACAUGUACUGGGCCUUACGUGUGUUUUUGAAAAUGUUUUUUAAUAAGACUUUUUUUGUAUUUAUGUAUGUUUAAUCCAUGUAUUCAUAAAAAAAAUAUUAAUAUCUAACAGGACUGGGUUUUUAUUCUAAUUUAUAAAUGAUAGAAUGUUUAUUGUAGAAGCGUUAAACACAAAACCUGUAACUCUCAACCACAUUGAUACUGUAAAAAAAUAAGCGUUACUCUGACUAUGCUAACGCGUAAAAGAAAACCUGGCUAUGUCCGAAUUCCCACCUAAUCCCUAACUACUAAAAAACUAUUUAUUGCCCUGGAUUUUAAAACCAAUUCAAACACCACGCUAACGUCGGAUAUUACGAUU